AUGUUGUUAAAGCAAUGGAAGAAGGAAAACAAAACAACCAAUGUUUGGGAACUUCUGAUGCACCCAUCGGACCAUAUAAAGGCUUUAAUUCAAGCCUUGUCUAGUAUAAGUGUUAGCACAACAGCUACCCCUAAAGAAAUGAUCAAAACGGUGAUUGAAAAGACCACUAGGAUGAUCACCUUCUCGGAUGAAGACCUACCACUUGAGGAAAGGGAUCACAAUAAGGCCAAUUUCCUCGACGUAGUUGACUAUCUUGAAUGGUUGGCAAACAUUGUCCCAGCCCGGAAGAAGGAUGGUAAAGUCCGGAUGUGUGUGGAUUACCAAGACUUGAACAAGGCAUGCCCUAAGAAUGACUUUCCUCUUCCUUAUAUAGAUGUAAUAGUUGAUAGUUUCGCCUCAAAUGCGAUGUACUCUUUUAUGGAUGGGUUCUCCGGGUACAAUCAGAUCAUAAUGGCAGCAAUGGACAAGCUGAAAACGUCGUUUAUCACUGAGUGA